AUGGCACCGCGAGCACGAUCAGGGCAAAUAUCCUCCCUCGCUUCUUCCUCAUCACGUUCUCUCUCUUCCUGCCUCCCGCGCCCCACUCUUGCAUGUUCAUCUCCCACCCUGCGCCGGCAAGUGCAAACUUUUCGCCCGCCUCCAGAAUCCCGCACCAUCACCCCUGGAAGCAAUCCAGAGACCUUCAACAGUGAAGUCCACUUUGCGCUCCAACCACCGCCCAACUCCCAGGUCACUGCAUUCGCCUACCGUGUCGGUCUCCUGCCGCCACGCUCCUCCGAAGCGCUUGAAAAGAAGAUUGUCCCUCUUGCGCGCCAGGUGUGCACUCACCCGAGCUACAUCCCUUUCUGGAGACAGCACCGUCCGGGCCAACCAGUACCACCCACCAACGCCCCGCUCGACGUGCUGGGGAACAGCCUCCUCGGACUGUUCGCAGCGGAGUAUGUGCAUUCCACAUGGCCGCAUUUGCCAACCAAAGCAACCAAAGCUGCCGUAAGCGCAUAUGUGGGCCCGAAUACUCUUGCUGCUGUUGCGCGGGAACUAGGCGCAGGCCCGUUACUGAGAUGGCAACGUGCGGCAAGGACAGAAACGACGACCUCCCUUGUACUCACAGACGCCCUUAUGACUGUCCCCCGCUCGCUCGUGGGGCUCAUCUACCAGCUCAACAGCAUCACCGAAGCUCGAAAAUUCGCUGAAGCGUUCUUCCUCAGCCGACAGGUUGACCUCCGCACGCUACUAAAGUUUGUGGACCCUAAACUCAGCUUGGUAGACGUCUUGUACAAGUUUGGAUGGGACAAACCGGUGACGAGGCUUCUGUCUGAGUCUGGUCGACGCACUGCUACGCCCGUGUUCGUGGUCGGUGUCUAUUCAGGAGCCACCAAGAUUGGUGAAUCCUUCGGUUCCUCACUCAAGAUGGCCGAGUACCGCGCAUGCGAGGACGCCCUCUGGCGGCUGUAUCUCACUCAGGCGCCUAAAGGAUCCUACACCAUCCCCUCAGCGACGUUCGACUGGGCGGGCAAGGACGCUCUCUUUCACGCUGCUGAUUACUUAGAUAAUGCGGUCAGUGAGGUGCCCGCAUGGGAGGGGGAAGGGCAGGCAGGUGUCGGUCCUGAAGUUGCAGCGGCGGUGUAUCUCCCUCCCUUACUGGGAGAGAGCGAGGUACAGAGGGACUUAAAGGAGCUAAAUGAGAAGGAAGGGACGAGGAGGAAGGAGAGGUGGAGAAAGCUGCUGAGCGAGGCGGAUAGGUAUGUGGAUGGUGUGGAGGUUUUGGAGAUGGAACCUGUGAUAAGGUGA